UCAUACUCUACCAUUUUCAUCUUGGCAAUUGCAUCCUAUUUUUGAAAGCCUUGCUAAUUUGUAUAAUGGCAGCAUAUGGUGCAGCCACUUCUCUUAAGAAUACGAUCCAGCAUAUUCUACAGUCGUCUCGCAUUUCGCUGGUUCCUCCCUCUCCACAAAUCUUACGACCCGCCUAUCUUGCAACGCGUCGCAUGCAGAAAGUUUUACUAAAAUUGGACGAGACGGGCUACAGCAAGAUCAGGAUGAAGGUGAACGCUUUGGAUGAACGGAUCAAAGAGGCCAUAUGGGAAUUCGAAUAUUUACUCGAAUCCCAUUUCACCCAUCAAAUUCUUCCACAGCUUGAAAGCGAGAGGGAUGACUUGUCUUUCUAUGUAGAUCUGCAGAGUCUGCGACAGAGUGUUGAUUGCUUCAUCGAGAGGAUGACAACGAUGGAGGCAGAGUACGACAUUGAACUGGCGAAUAUGCCUGAAGAAGAAGGCGAACCUAUUUCUUCAAGGAUUGAUUUUGGUGGAAUCAACUCAGAGAUGGUUGGAUUCAGUGAUGAAUUUGAACAAGUCAAGGAUUACCUUCUUGUACAAGAUCGCAGGGGCAGGGGCAGGGGUUAUAAUUGGUUGUUAGUGAUUGGGAUGGCAGGGGUUGGAAAAACAACCUUUGCUAAGAGAGUAUUUGACGAUCCAUCCAUUCAAAGACAUUUUGAGCUUCGGGCAUGGGUGAAAGUGGGCAGAAAAUGUGAAUUCGGUGAAAUAUUACGAUGCAUUCUAGCUCAAGUGGAUCCCAGCACUCGCGACCAACUGCUUACCCAAGGAGACAUCGGCGACGAUGAUUACGAGAAAUUAGUUGGACUCUUGGAGAAGAGAUUGAGGGAUAAGAAAUGUCUCAUUGUGUUGGAUGAUGUAUGGGAAUCGGACACACGAGUUAUGGAUUACUUGCCACAAGAUAAUGUCCGAAUCUUACUUACAAGCAGGCUAGGAUUUAGAAAAUCUUCAUUUCUAAAACUACGCUUGUUGAACGAAGAAGAAAGUAAGAAAUUACUUUGCCAGAAGGUGUUUGGUGAAGAGGUUUUUCCUCCACACCUUGAGAAAUUGGGAAAAAAGAUUGUACAAAAAUGCGAAGGUCUUCCACUUAUGAUAGUCACAGUGGCAGGGCUCCUUUCCAAAGAAGAGAAGACUCCACAAUUCUGGACUGAGGUAGCCGACAAACAACAUAAUUCAGUCUUCGUGGAUGCAUAUAAUCAAAUAUCAAAGGUACUUUCCCCAAGCUAUGAAUAUUUACCUCAGUAUUUGAAAAUGUCUUUUCUCUAUAUGGGCGCUUUCCCUCCAUAUAGUGAUAUCGAAAUAAACAACCUAUAUCGUCAGUUAAGUGCUGAGGGAUUUGUUGAACCGAUUGGAAAACUAACUUUGGAACAUUAUAUGAUUAACUGCUUGAUAAAGCUUGCUCGAUGGUAUCAUCUUGUUCUAUUCGAUCCAAAUCGAAAAUCUUGGUUUUCAAAGAAAGAGUUUCGUGUGCAUUCUUGUUGGCAGCACUUGUGUAAGGAAGAAGCUAGUAAGAUCAAGUUUUUACACGUGUUAAAAAGUUGGGAAGAUGUUAUGAAUGACCAACGUCGGUUGUGUGCCCAUAGCAACACUUUAUUUGCCUUCAAACAUGUGUGUGAUUUGAUCAAAUAUGAUUGUGCAUCCACUACUCGUUCACUCCUUUGUUAUGGUCCUUAUCACCAAUAUCCGGUGCCAAUACAUGCCAUGGAUUUCAAGUUGCUCAGAGUACUUGUUGCUGAUAAGGUUCGAUUUUACAAUAUCCCACAUGAAAUUCUGAAACUAGUUUGUCUAAAGUAUCUUGCCCUCACUUGCAACAAAGAGCUCCCUGCUUCCAUAUCCAACCUUUUCAACCUUCAAUUCCUGAUUAUCCAUCCACAUAUGCACAUUAGAAAGUGUGGAGCUUUGUCAUAUAUGCCGGUGGAAAUAUGGGACAUGCAAGAACUACAACAUAUUGAGAGCUUCGCGUGGGUAUCUUGCACGCCUCAAUCGGAGUUCGGUAGAAGAAGUUAUGGCCGUUAUACGAACACUGCGCUGUCCAGAAAAUCUCACCCGGCCGGGUGAAUUAUUAACCUAUAACUCCACCCGGCCGGGUGGCGUAAUUAUGCCUGCGAGAUUCCAGAGAGUACCAAAGAAGUCCCACCCGGCCGGGUGAAUUUCCAGUGGAUUAAUUCCACCCGGCCGGGUCCGUCAGUUUGGCGUUUUUUAGAGCUGAAACGCAAUUUUUUGAAGAAAAGAAUAAGAAGGAAGAAUUAGGUCAAUUCUAGGCAUUCUCUACAAGCGAAAAAACACAUCUCUCUCUUUGUGAAGAACUCUUGGAAGAAGAUUGAAGAUUCAAGCUUCAAUUCCUCCGCCAAUUGCAAUUCGGAUCAUGAUUUCCAUU